GAAGAUCCUAUGACCUACUAAAACUUAAUUUUUCUGUCCUAGUACCUCUCUAAACUUAAAUUUUUUCGUAUUAUGUGAAUCCCUGAAUUAUAUUGGUCCGGUUUUUACUGCUGCUUAAGUGCAGUUCUUGAUCCAAUUUUUGUUGUUGUUUUAAUGCUGUUUUUGGUGAAUUCAUAAUAGACAAAUGUCAUUUAUCCUAGUAUAAAUUGAAGGAAAUGAAGAGAGAGUGCGAGAGGAGCAAACUCCCAAAACGUGCAUAGAGUUACUAUAAUGGCCUGCCAACUAGCCCUUUAUGAAUAUAAACGUAUGCAAUAAACUUACACAAGGUGAAAUGCACAACGUGGUUAAAGGCCUAGCUAAGAGAGAAGCAGUUGACUGAGGAAUAUAUAUUCACAAAUACUUCAAAUAAGUAAUCAAAACAAAAGCAUUAAGGAACCCAUAGUCCAGACACUUUUGCUCCUCUUCGAUCAUUACCAGAUACUAUGUUAUUUCCCUAUUAAUAAAUACUGUUUUAUAUUCGAAAUUCAAUUUUUCCUCUCUGUUGUUGCAAAUCAUAAUGGCCAAGUUAGAGAUUCAAAUCCAUACAAGGGAAGUGUUGAAGCCCUCAGCUCGUACGCCGAAUCAUCUUCAGAACCUCAAGCUUUCAUUGUUCGAUCAGCUGGCCCCUCGUAUGUAUAUAUCAAAGUUGUUCCAUUACUUGCCAAGCAGUGAAGGAAUAGUUACUGAAACAUGUGAUAAGCUCCAAAAAUCUUUGGCCGAGACGUUAACAAAGUUUUACCCUCUAGCUGGAAGAUUUAGUGGAGAUGAAUUCUCAAUUCACUGCAAUGAUGAUGGUGUCGAGUAUGUCGAAACCAAAGUCAACGCGGAUCUUGCUGAGUUUCUCCAUCUAGGACCCAAGAUUGAACUUCUGAACGAUCUUCUUCCAUGGUGUGUUUCCUCAACAACAGGGCUACCAUCAAAACCAUUACUUGGCGUCCAAGUGAAUGUAUUCAAUUGUGGAGGAGUAGUCAUAGCGAUACAAAUGUCACACAUCCUAGCUGAUGCUUUCACUUUAGCAACAUUUAUCAAUGAAUGGGCACACAUUUGUCAAGGAACAGGGACGACAAAAGAUUGUCUCCCAAGUUUUGAUCAAUUGCCGUUGCUCUUUCCAGCAAGAGUGCUAUCAGGAACUCAGUCUCCACCACCUCCCAACAGUGGCCUUAAGAUUGUCACAAGAAGGUUUCUGUUUGAUGCUUUGGCACUAGCUAAGCUCAAAAAUAUAAUCGAUUCAAGUGCCACAAGGCCGACUAGAGUGGUGGUCAUUAUGUCGUUAAUAUGGAAGGUGUUUGCAGGCAUUUCUUCCGCCAAAAAUGGAUAUUCAAGGAACUCUUGUUUAUUAUUUCCUAUUAAUUUAAGGGGAAAAUCAUAUUUACCAUCUUUAGAAAAUGCUCUAGGGAAUUUUGCAAUGAUUGGAAUUGCUAAUCUAGAGGCAAGCCAGUCAAGAAAGGAGUUGACUGACUUUGUAAACUUGGUAGGAAAUACAAUACGGGAGACAUCUGCAGGCAUUGUUAAGGCAAACAGUGAUGAUGAUAUUUCCUCUAUAGUUGUUAACAACAGGACAAACGUUGCAGACAAAUGUCGCCAACGAGACGAGGUGGACAUUUAUGUGUGCUCUAGUUGGUGCAGACUCCCUUGGUAUGAAGCUGACUUUGGUUGGGGAAAGCCAUUCUGGACGAGCACUGUUAGCUUCCCAGCUGCUGAAAUAAUUUGUCUGAUGGACACAAAAACUGGAGAUGGAAUAGAAGCAUGGGUUAGUUUGACGGAGAAUGACAUGGCUGAAUUCGAGAGAAAUCAUGAUAUUUUGACAUUUUGUCCUCCACUUCCAUGGUAGCAUUCUGAUCGAUCCAUUCCUUGAUCAUUUGGUUAAAAUGAAUCUGCAUUAUGACGCUGACUAGAUGACCAUAAGGAUGGAACAAAACCAACCUGCAGACUAGAUUUGGAUAACUAGUGAACUUGCCGUGCUUAACAAUUUGAAAUCAACCUGGAAAAGAUAAAGGUCUUGAAUCUAGUCCAGAAUUUUUCCCUUUUCCGGUUCCAUAUAUUUCUUAAUUCUCUUUUGUUGUUGGGAAAGUUUGGUCAAUCCUAAUGGCCAAGUCAGACAUUCAAAUCCAGAUAAGGAAAAUGGUAAAUCCCUCAACUCCUACCCCCAAUCAUCUUUGAAGCCUCGAACAUUCAUUAUUUGAUCAGGGUGCUCCUCGUAUGUAUGUACCAAUACCGUUCCUGCCAAGCAAUGUAAAAAUUACAGAACGAUGUGAUAAGCUGCAAAAAACUUUGGCCGAGAUGUUAACCAAGUUUUACGCUAGCUGGGAGAUUUAGUGAAGAUGGAUUCACAAUUCUAAGCUAUGAUGAAGGUGUUCAGUAUGUUGAAACCAAAGUGAACUCGGAUCUUGCUGAAUUUAUCCACCACCGACACAAGAAUAUUGUGCUUUUGGAUGAUCUUCUUCUAUGGUGUAUUCCUCCAGAUCCCGAGCUGCCAUCAAAUCCAUUACUUGGAAUUCAAGUGAACAAUUCAGUUGUGGAGGACUAGUCAUAGCCAUACAAAUUUCACACAUCCUAGCUGAUGGUUAACAUUCAUCCAGGAAUAGUGAUACGAGUACGACCUCGUAGAUGGACAUACUUUGAGCAUUUCAAAGACAACCGAGAGAAGGCCCAAACUUAAGUGUUAAUGAAGUCCAAAACCACCCUAUGUAUGCACUCCAUGGGCAGCCCAUUGGAGCAUUUUAAUUAAAAGGGCACUUUUGUCAUUUACGUCUUAUUUUGUGUUGUAAUAUAAAUAGACCAACUUAAGGUUUUUGAGACUUGGUUGAUCAUUGUCAAGACUUGAAACAUUGUAACAUUUUAGCCUCUCUCUUUAGAAGCCCCAACCGAAACUAGGGCUAGACAAGUGAAAAUUCACUUGUGUUUACAUAGUGGCUUGAAACGUUGGUGUUUAGAGGAGGUAAAGGCCCUCUUGUGUCAACGUAGAGUUAGGUUUGUGUCGUGGGUAGUGUUAAGGAUCCAAGAGUGUAACAAUUCUUGGAUUCUUAAGAUUGUCCCUUCAUUUGGUCUAACUAUUUAUCUUGUAUCUUAAUGUAUCUGUUGGUUCCUUUUUGGUUGUUAAUGUACCCGUGACUUUCUUGUUGUUGUAAUCUUGUUGUUAUGUGUUGAUAUAAUGAAGCCG